AUGGAUAGCUUGGCCAGCAUGGCUAGGUUGACAUCAACUCUAUUCGUGCUCUUUCCGUACAACCGAACAAGCACGACUCGCCCAGGUCCCAGCGACCCAGAUCAAGUUUCGGGUUGUUGCAGCCAUCGCACGCGUGUAAGCUUCGCGGGCGUCGUCCCUCAGUCAGCGACUUUCGCGUUGCUGCAUCCCAUCUUCUCGUCGCUCUCUGUCUUUACUCCGUCCGUAAUUCGUUCCAAACUUUGCCGCGACUCGUCCCAAAUUGAGGGGCAUCCAACCGUCGAAAAGAGCUUCCCGCGUUUGUCAAGCUCGCUGCUAUUUCGACGCGUCUCUCGUUCCCGUUUGGGGCUAAUUGGGACACUGCCGCGCCCGCCAUCACGGUCCAGCAGCAGUUCGGAGCUGCAAAGAUGCGUCCCUGCGUCACCGCGGGCCGUUUGUUGUCCUCGUCGCCGCAUCAACCAAGAGGAAGACCCUGGGGGGAAAAGUGACAUGGGGGGUGACGGGUGA